GAGUCAGGUAAUGUAAAAUGGUCAAACUAUCUAAAACAUCAUUUGACUUAGUUGUUGCUUGUUUUGUGUAACUACGGUAAACAUACUACGUAGAAAGAAGUUAUUUAUCAUGUUAUUAUGAACACGAGCAAAGCAAGCUAACGUUAGCUCAUCCUGUGCAGCUGUCACCUAGCUUGUGACAUAGCUAACCUCAGCUAGGUAGCACUAGUCUAGGUACCGCGAUGACUGGGUACAGAGGGCAUAACACUGAGAGGAUAAGAAAAUGUUGAAGAUGGACAGUAAGAGCAAAAAAUCCAUAAAGGCAUGAAGCUUGGUUGACUGCCUCUAUGUAGAUGGGUCAGUGGCUACUGGCUAAUAUGGAUACCAAAAGUUGUUAAAAGAUUGGCUCAUCAUUGCAAUGACAUUAUUAAUUCAUACCAAAUGCAAAACACAACUAUACUUAAUUCAGUACAUUUACACUAAUCAUGUGUCAUGGAAUAAAAGGACAAUGAUUUAAAGGCAUACUAUGCAACAUUUUUCAGUUAAUUAAUGUGUUCCAUACCGUUUUGGAUGAUUAAAUGAGUCAUUUCAGGUCGAACAAAGGUUUUCUCGGCCGCCCUGGUGGUCUGUAGGGGAAAUACCGUACUUGCAAUUGCAGGAGCCCUCGGCUCGCAUCCACAGGCUCAGAAGUCUUGUGCAUCGCGAGAGUCGGUCUUGCUUUACGGCGAGAACUGCUACACGCCCCCAGUGAAAGGCAUGCUCGUUGCUAGCGCAAUGGCGAUAUUUGUGCAGUUAUCAUGGCGGAACCAGCAAGAAAACAGCGAAAGCCCAUGUCGGAGCAGGCAAGAAAGAGGAGAAGGGCUCUGUACAGAGAGAGGAGUCGUACACGGGUGAACAUCGGGCAAGCUUUUUCCGAAUGGCGAGAGCUAAAAGAAAAAGAAGGCUGCAAGGCUGACGCGGACCUCGCGUUUCUGCUGAUGCGAUUGUAAGUAACAUUGGAAUGGUUUCUCUCUCUCUCUGUGCAUGUUCAUACUUUCACUGUGUUAGUCAUUGUUUGUACUGCCGUUUUUUCGACUUUUGUAUGAUUGUGGUCUGUUGCUGAGUAGCUAAGUAGCUAGCGGGAUGUUCGUUUUAUUAGUUAGCAAGUUAGUUAGCUUGCUGCCUAAACAUUGUUGUUGUGCUAGGUGAUGACUGCAUCGCUUGCUAUUUGGCAAACUUGCUUCACAUGUGAAGUAUCUCAAGACUGUGUAUUUACUUUACUAAAUUCCUUAUUUUGCGCAGAUUGGGUUUGAAUCGCGUUUUGCAAUGAGCUGCAUAAAUCUGAAACCAGUACAAAAUGUAGUCGUGUUUGUUAGCCAUAAACCUCACAAAGCUAGUAACGCCCAGACUCUCCAGACAAAGAAGAUGCCAAUGACCUGCGGAACACUGUCAUUGAGAUGGAUGACCUUUGGGCCGAUCCAAGUGAAAUGGGCUUGGAAGACGGAGACAGCUCAGAUGAGGAUUUUGUCCCUUCUCUUCACCUACGAAUGGUUGGGGGUGAAACAAAUGGCUAAUAUAAGUGUGGAUGAAGUAGUGUAUGACUUCGACACACCGGAUCCUCCUGGCCAAGACUCUGAAUCCACCACAGAUCCACACAGAGUAUCUUCUGAAGAUGACCUGGUUGGCAAAACUGCAAACAUUACCUUCAAUGAGAAUCUUCUGACUCUGGCCAGGCACUUGAGACUGCCACAGCAACAGUGCAGUUAUGUUGACAGAGUGCUUGGGGUAGCAUGCCCGGGUUCCCCACCAUUUCAAGUGACUUUGAAACCUCGGGGGACUGGAGUAAUUUCGGAAUGGUUAUGCCCCUUCGGACACUCUUUGUGGAAGUGGAAUUCUCAGCCGACCCUGAGGUUUGGUAUGCAGGGUGGUGACUUCAUGCUGUCUGCCAACAUUCUCCUGUCUGGCAACAACUACAGGAAAGUAGCCUUGCUGUUCAAGUUUAUGGCGAUGGGGAUGGUCUCAGAGUCAACUUUCUUCAGGAUACAAGAUGCCUACUGCAUCGAGCCAGUGCAGGAGUACUGGGACAAAACCAGGGCAGAAGUCUUGGAAAGUCUUCGACAAAAGAACCGCGUUGUUGUCCUAGGUGAUGGCAGAAUGGACUCCCCUGGUCAUUGAGCACAGUUUUGCACAUACACCACCAUAGAGCAAGACUCCAGAGGCAUUGUCCACAUCGUCUCUGUUGAUAAGCGAGAAACCAACAGGAACUCGGUCAUCAUGGAGAAGGAGUGCUUUAUUCGUACAAUGGAAGCUCUCCUUCCAGAGCUUGCCAUCAAAGAAGUUGUCACUGAUGCCCACCCACAGAUCAGUGCAUUGUUGAAUCCAGAGCGUGGUAAAUACAAAGCAUGGGGGAUCCAGCACUCACUGGAUAUAUGGCAUGCAGCUAAAAGUCUAAGCAAGAAGCUUCGACGGGUUGGGACUGUAAAAAAUCAAACAGAUAUUCAAGCCUGGAUCAAGGGCAUUGUGAAUCACUUUUGGUACUGCAGUAAGCAUGCUGUAACUGAGGAGCAGUUCAAGAUGAUGUGGGUUGGCGUGCUGCACCACGUACGGGAUGAGCACUCUUGGGCAACUGGGUGCUGUCAGCACGAGCCACUGGAGGAAGGCAGCCAGGAGAAGCAAUGGAUCAAACAAGGUUCUGCCGCUCACAAGGCAUUGGCUGGAGUUGUGCUCGACAAGCGAUGGUUGGGCCUGGUGAAAAAGUUCUUGAACUUCAGGACCACAUCUGAUUUGGAGUCCUUCCAAAAUCACAUCCUCAUGUACUCAUCAAAGCGGCACGCCUACACACCAUUUGUCUACAAGACAAGGACACUACUGGCUGCCAUUGACUACAACAAGCACAAUCGGCGCCUUCCUGCACGCAAACGGGAUGGUCAAAAAAUCUACAGAUGCUCAUACAACAAGAAGUCAAAGAGCGUCUACACCAUGAAGGAAAAGAAGCAGUACAGCUACAUUCCUGACCUUCAGAGGGCAAUUCUGGCAAGGAGGCUGGGAAGUGGCAAAGGCCUUCCCCGCAAGCAGACUUUGAGGCCUGCUGACCCAAGGCGCCUUGGUUUGCUCGCACCGGAACAGCCACCACCUACAGCUGAACUUGUAAACAUACAUGUGUCCCGUGGGGACUUGGGCCACAGAGACACAGAGGACCUAGAGGACUGAGCAGAUGGAUGUUUACGAUACAAAGUAUUUGAAUUCUGUAAAUAGGAAGUUAGGAGGCACUUUUCUCUUGUGGUGAAACA